CGAUGCGGCAUGCGACCGCCCUCUUGUGCCGUUCGUGUCUACUUGUAUAUCUCGCCGUUAGUGCGACGCUGUCAGUCUUGCCAGACAAGAUGCUUCUUUUUACAGUCCUUGCUUUUGCAGCGGAGGCUAUAGCUUUCGGCCGUACCGAGCACCAGGUCGUCCUAGGAGGUCACACAGGCAAGUAUUCCGUCCAGACCCCUCCUCUGGAUACGGACUGGACAUAUCAAGUUGGUACGGAGCCUUGGCCGCAAUAUCCUCGACCCAAGCUUGCCCGAUCCCAAUGGCAAACCUUAAACGGUCUCUGGACGUAUGCAAACGCAUCUGGCCACUCCGCCCUGAAGCAUCCUCCGUUUAACCGCACGCUGCCACAGGAAGUUCUCGUGCCGUUCUGCUUGGAAAGUGGUUUAUCGGGAAUACAGGGAGAAAAUACAAUUUAUUCAUGGUACAGAACCACUUUUACGGUGCCGUCCACCUGGACGGGGGAUCGCGUGCUUCUUAACUUUGGGGCCGUUGACUACGAGGCUACCGUCUUCGUGAACGGCCACAACGUUACUUUUCAUCGAGGAGGCUACACUGGAUUUUCCGUAGACGUGACCGACUACCUCAUUUCUGGACAUAACGAGCUCAUCGUAUUUGCUUUCGAUCCUACAGACCACCACGACUAUGUAAUACCCGUCGGUAAACAGACCUUAAGACCAUCGCACAUCUUCUAUAGGCCAUGUAGUGGUAUCUGGCAAAGUGUCUGGAUCGAGUCUGCACCGAAAAAUUAUAUAAGCCAAUUGACCAUUAAUGGCGAUGCAAGUGGCAAUUUGAACUUAUCUGUGAGCGUAACUGGCAGCAAACAUUCAUCCGUCGAGGUUGCCGUAUUCGAGAGGGGCACCCACAUCCCCCUAGCUACGCAUAAGGCUACUGCUGCCUCCCCGAUUUCAUUCAAGGUUAAGUCUGUAAAGACGUGGUCCCCCAAUAUUCCAAACCUCUACGAUGUUAUCAUAACCAUGGGUCAAGAUAUAGUUCAUAGUUACACUGGGUUUAGAACAAUAGAGAGUAAGAAUGUCCACGGUGUCCAAAGAAUUUCUCUGAACGGCGACAUUAUCUUCCCAUUUGGAACUCUGGAUCAAGGAUAUUGGCCAGAUGGACUGUAUACGCCGCCUACGUACGAAGCUAUGACAUACGAUCUCAAGAUGCUCAAAUAUCUUGGUUACAACAUGCUCCGAAAACAUAUCAAAGUGGAGCCACCUCUUUACUAUGCUGCUGCAGAUGAGCUUGGUAUACUCAUCAUGCAGGAUAUGCCAUCCCUAGCACUCACAAGAUUGCCCAAUAAGGAUCAACAGGCAGAAUUCGAACGACAAGUGGACGUUAUCGUUUCGCAACUAAGCAGUUACUCUUCAAUAUUCGCAUGGGUCAUCUACAACGAAGGAUGGGGCCAGAUCACAUCUCAUCACCCAGAAUUUGAUAUUGCUGAAGCCAUCUAUGCACAAGAUCCCACGCGACUUGUAAAUGCUGUCAGUGGCUGGCACGACCACGGCGCCGGCGACUUCAGCGACAAUCACCAUUAUACCUUCCCGCGAUGUGGCACACCCGAGUACUACUCUAGUACAACUGUAUUCGACCCGUCUCGCAUUGGCUUCCAAGGUGAAUUCGGAGGACCUGGUCACAACGUGUCAGCUGAACACCUAUGGAAGGUUAAACAGGCUAUUGACGCCAUCGAUCAUACGUACGAAUUGUAUGAUACUAUCGAUGCUUGGAACUUCCGUAGUCAUUUUAUUAUGACAGAAUUGCUUUAUCAGACUCAACUUUAUUCCUGCGCAGGCGCAGUCUGGACGCAAACAACGGAUGUGGAGGGUGAGGUCAACGGGAUGAUGACCUACGAUCGUCGAAUCUUGAGGCCAGAUGUCAUAAGGUGGCGGGCAGAUAUACAAGCCGUGUAUGAUGCUUCCGCACUCCGUGCUAAUGGUUCCAUACCACGUGCGUCUUGACAUUUAAGUGGACUUUGAAUUGAUCACCGGAUGAAGCAAGGAAGGUCUCAAGAUUUUUUAAACUAUAAAUGGAGCAUGGACUAUCAAUGAUAAGGCUCCAUUGAGUAUUAUUCGAGACAUAAGGUGUACUGUUGGCAUUGUGUCCCAUUUGAUUCAUAUCAUGGCCUUCUCCAUUUGAUCUAAAUUAUGAACGAAUAUUGGCUAAUAACCGUGUUGGUUUUCACACUCGACUUCCGCUGAGUCGUUUCCAACUGAUGAGACGAAUUUACUUCGUCUAUCUGUGACUUUUGAGCGAGAUCCCAAAGUGCUUGCUAAUAUGUCAAUUUCUCAAAGUCCUUAGUAAAUUCGAAACGGCACAGCACUAACUUGUCUUCAUCGCCACAUCGAGUACUGCAGAAUCAGAUUACAUCCGUAAACACUCCACAAAACGAGGUCUAAAGAAGUAAAUCCCAGUGGCAAAGGCUGUUGUGCAUAGGAAAUGAUUUGAGUGAGCUCUCUUAGCUAGUGGGAUAUGCAAAGAUACGAAUUUUCAUACAUG